AUGUGGCGUGUGAGAUUGCUUUUAUUAUUUUUUAGUUUUGCUUCAGCUGAGGAAGAUUCUAGAACGGUUAUAUUAGAGCAGGGAGGUGUUAGGGGUGAAAAAUACUGGAAUGGCGAUUUCUACGAGUUUUAUGGUGUACCAUACGCCAGUGUUCCAAAGGGACGAGAUAGAUUUCAGGGUCCUUUACCGGUUAUACCAUGGAAUGGAAUAAUAGACGCUAAGAAAAAUAAUAUAGUAUGUUAUCAAACAUAUUAUACUGAAGACGAAAAUGAUGAAUUUAUUUUAUCUGGAGAAGAGGAAUGCCUUACGAUAAAUCUAUUGGUUCCUAAAAUAGCUACAGAAACUAAUUUAGUACCCGUUGUAGUGUAUAUACACAGUGGAGCCUUUGCUGGUGGUAAUGGAAAUAUGGCUAAAUUUCAUUAUUUAGCAAGACAUGACGUCAUUGCCGUCAGCUUCAAUUAUAGAUUAGGGGCAUUAGGAUUUGCAUGUCUCGGAAAUAAAGAAAUUCCUGGUAAUGCUGCAAUGAAAGAUCAAGUGGCCGCCUUAAAGUGGAUUAACAAAAAUAUAAAAAAGUUUGGUGGUGACCCUAAAAAAGUAACAUUAGCAGGAUUCAGUGUAGGUGCAGCUAUGGCUGAAUUACUUACGCUAUCUAAACUAACUGAAGGACUAAUAGACAAAUUAAUUUUAGAGAGUGGAUCAGCUCUUUCCCCAUUUGCAAUUAAUAGAGAUCCUCUAAGUACCGCAUUAAACAUCGCAAUAUCACUUGGAUAUAAUAACACAGGAAAACUGGAGGACUUAACUGAAUUUUAUUUGAAUGCAAGUGCGGAAGCUUUGUCAACUAAAAGUUUAAACUUCUUUUUACCUAAUAGCACUUUUGGAUUUGCGCCCUGCAUUGAAAACGUUUAUAAAGGGAUUGAACCUUUCUUAACAGAGUCACCAACAGAUAUCAUAAACAAAGGCUCUAAUCACAAAGUAUCAGUUCUUACUGGUUUCGCUAAUAUGGAAGGAAUAAGCAGAUUAAUACAAUUUGAUAAAUGGAGUGAAAGUAUGAAUGAAAAAUUCUCUGAUUUCUUGCCAGCUGAUUUAAUAUUUGCAGAUAAAAAAUUGAAAAAUUCCGUUUCAAAAGAAAUAAAACACCACUACUUCAACAAUGAAGAUGUAACCCAUGACAAUAUUCAAAGCUAUGUCGAUUAUUUUUCUGAUUCAAUGUUUAAAUAUUCAAUUUUGAAGUCAGCUAAAUUGCAUGCUGCAACAUCUAACAGGCCCGUAUUUCUGUAUGAGUUCUCUUAUAUUGGUAAUUUAAAUAUGAAAUAUCACUACAUGGACCGCAUUAAAGGUGCCAGCCAUAGAGACCAAACAGCUUACAUUUUAGAUUUUUUUGGAUGGACAAACAGAUAUGGAGACUUGGAUACCAGAGAUAGAAUGACGAUGAUGUGGACUGAUUUUGUAAAAUACGAAGACCCGACAGCCUACGAGAGCGCGCUUAUUAAUUUCAAAUGGCAUCCUUAUACAAAUGACAAACAAAUUUAUUUACAAAUAGACAAGAAGCCAACAUUAAGGAAAGGUUUAUUCGCAGAUGGAUAUAACUUUUGGAAUAAAGUAUACGAGAUGUAUUACUGGAAUCCAACGCCACCGAAGAAAUGA